AUGAAAUUUGAUGUUGAAAGUUCAUAAGUAGAUGAUGUCUUUUCAAAUUUAGGGAAAAUAAAUAAUCUCUCUUAUUUAAGCCUAAAAUACUUAUUAUGGAAUUAAGAUACUAUUUAGAGUUUCAGUAAAGCUUUGCUAAAAAAUAAAGAACUUAAUACAUUAGUUAUUUCAAUUAAUGGCUCCUACUUUAAUCAAAACCCUCAAAUUUCUUCAGAUUAACUCUCAGUGUUCGGAAUUAAUUUAGCUAACUGCUUUAAAUUAACUGACAUAAAUAUUAGUUUUGGCUUUAAUUGGGACGGUUGUGAAAUGACUCUUGUUAAUUUUGCCAGUCAUCUUUCUAAUUCGAAUAUAAGUUCUUUAACUUUUUCACUUGGAUUAUCCAAUUUUCCUUAAAUAAACCAAAUUUUAUUACCAGGUCUUGGUUAAAACUUUGCUAAGUGUAAAAACCUAAAAAUUUUAAAAGUAGAUUUUGGAGGACCUAUCAACGAAAACCGUGAAAAUAGAAUUGACAAGAAUGGAGCCUAUCUUUUCUUUAGCUCUAUUGCCAAUAGUAAAUCUUUAACAACACUUAAAAUUGAUUUAAGUCAUAAUUUUAUUGGUUGUAAUUCAACAGAUGCUUAUGAUUUUAUAUAGAGCUUAUCAUAAUCCAAUAUCAAAAAUUUGGAUUUAAAUUUACAGCAUAACCGCUUAAAUAGCAUAAAUUAGCUUCCUAAAUCUAUAAAUAAAUUGAAGAAAUUAUAAGUAUUAAAGCUAGUGAUUGGUGAGUACUAUUAGCACUAUAUUGAUGAUGAUGAAGUAGGACGCUGUUAUACAAAUUUCUAUAAGACGAAUAAAUUAGUUUAUUUUAGUUUUAAAUCAACCUGCUACUGA